AUGCAGGCGACGUAUGGCCAGCCGGCUGCAAGCCUUCCAGCCUACAGCCCGCAGUACAUGGCUGGCGGUGCCUAUGGUGCCUCGUAUUCGGCCGCGCCGGCGUACGGCACGAGUGCGAGCCCGCCGCCCUACAGUGCCAGCGCGGGAGCGUACGCCGGCCUUGGAUACGGGACCAGCGCUUACGCCGGCACUGUCGACGCUGGCUCCUACGGCGCAGCUGCCUACGGUGCCAGCGCCAGCGGCGCUGCCGACGGCGCUGCCUCGCUCAGUUACACCGCGGCGCCGCAGUACUCCUAUGGCCAGUACGCGGACCCGUCGAGCACCGCCGUGGCACAGCCGCCAUACGAGUACCUCCCGACGGCGCCGUCAAUGGUGGCAGUGCCAUCGGCAGCGCAGCAGGCGCUCCCGCCGCAGACGCUGGCGCAGAGCCCCUCGAUGAUCGCCUACCCGCCAGCGGCAGCGUACGGCUCCUCGGCGAUGGACGGGCCGUUCAAGUUCUACGCCACCCCGCCGGCCGAGCUGGGCGGACAGGCGUACCCGACCCAGCAGACCAGCGCUAGCCCCUCCGGGCACCCGCAGUCGUACCCGUUUGGCGGCGUGGGCCAGCCCGAGAUCUCGGGCGGCCACUCGCAGCAGACCCUGCCCUGCGCCGGCGCCUAUCCGUCGCAGCAGGCCGCGGCGUCCGGGCAGGGCCUGGGCCAAGCGCCUGCUGGCGGGGCGCCGCCAGGUUCCUCCGCGGCAGUCGCGCCGCUGUCGGGCACGGGUGGCCCAGGCAAGGGCCAGAAGCCCGUCAAGUCCACCAAGAAAAAGAAGUCGAAGUCCUGCGGCUGCUUCUGA